ACAAGGAACGUCGUGUUUCGAGGAAUGAGGCGGCGUCCGGUGUCCGACCUCGCCUCAUUGCAUUGCACAUCCUCCCGCGUCUCUGUCCAAGUCUUGUUUGCAUUGGCUUCUUCUGCCUCGUACUCCAUCCAAUUGCAGUCUCUCUCAAGUUUGCCAGGGAGGCGAGUUUGUCUACUCUCUCCACCUCUCUUUCUGACUCUCACUUUUACUCUUUGGGCCUCACAUAUAUCAACCCGACUCCUCACUACUAACCCACGGAUCCAUUCCCGCUCGAAUUCCCACACUUCCACAGUAUCGUGGCCAGCCAGCCAGUACAUAUUGUAAUCUAACCCUCCCCCCAUACCAUACCAUCCAUACAACACCAUGGCCCCCGCCGCGGCGCCCGCCAUGCUCUCGAGCUCCAACGCGGAGCACGUACGCGAGACGUGCCAAACGUACGGGCUCAGCGAGGGCGAGUUCGGCGAGCUGCUGGCGCGCGUGACGGCGGCCAAGGCGACGGCGUACUGCCCGUACAGCAAGUUCCGCGUCGGCGCCGUGCUGUUGACGCGCGGCGGCAUUUUUGUUAGUGGCGCCAACGUCGAGAACGCCAGCUACCCCGUCACCACAUGCGCCGAGCGCGUCGCCUUCGCCAAGGCCAUCACCGACGGGCACCGCGGCUUCAGGGCCGUCGCCGUUGCCACCGACAUCUCACCCCCCGCGAGCCCCUGCGGCAUGUGCCGGCAGUGCAUCCGCGAGUUCUGCGACCUGGAAACGCCCAUCAUCAUGUUUGACGGCGACAGCAACUUUUCCGUGAUGCGUCUCGAGGAGCUUCUCCCGCUCUCCUUUGGCCCUGAGGCUCUGGGUGUGCAGUCCCAGGCCUAAUUAACGACAGACAAUUCUGUGUUUUCUGCUUUCGCGUUUUUGGGGGGUAGGCGGAACGGAACGGCCGGGGCAAUGAAGAAAGAGGGCUAUUUUUUUGCUCGCUGGGGGGGAGUCAGAAAGAGGAAGGCGUUUUGCAGUCAGUGGUUUAAGCAUCAUCUCUCACGACUUCACCGGGGAAUGGGAUGAAAUACGGGGUUGUAGCGUCGUUAGUGAAUAGGGAAUUACAAUACAAUACAACACAAUACAAUGCCUUUAAACAU